UGUCAAUAUGACAUGUAAAUGUAAUCCAAUAACCUCUGAAGUUGUUUGUAGUUUUUUGGAGCAAUUAAUUUAAGUGACUAUUGUUUCAGUUAGUAAAUCAAGAAUUUAGAUAAGAAAUAAAAUUGAAAUGUUUAAAUUACUUAAUCGCCACGGGUGCCGGAGGGGCAUAGUCAAUUUAUUUUGCGACAAGAAUUUUGAGGUUAGAAAAGCUAAGGUUUACUAUUUUUAUUCGUCGGCUGGGUCAGUGCGAUAUGCCUCGACUGGAAAAAUUGCACCCCUAACAGAAAAUAUCCCGGAACCUCCACCCGUACCCGAUCCGGCAGCAAUCGGUGAGAUAACAGAGGCAGUACAAUCUUUAGCCGCUAACGGAGAGCCUACCUUCGCUAGCCUCGGCCUAGGAGGAUGGAGCCCUAUCGGAAUUGUUCAGAACUGUCUCGAGUACCUACACGUAUCCCUUGAUGUACCAUGGUGGGGUGCUAUCCUUAUAGGCACUAUUGUAGUAAGAGUCCUUAUGUUUCCGCUAGUUGUGAUGUCCCAAAGAAACAGUGCAGUUAUGAAUAACAAUUUACCUGAGAUUCAGUUGCUGCAAAUGAAAAUGACACAAGCCCGUCAGACUGGUAACCAGUUAGACGCAGCUCGCUAUGCACAAGAAAUGAUGCUUUUUAUGAAAGAGAAAGGUUUAAAUCCAUUGAAGAAUGUUCUGGUGCCAUUAGCGCAGGCACCGCUGUUUAUCUCAUUCUUCAUGGGUCUUAGGAGUAUGGCCAACUGUCCUGUGGAGAGUAUGAUGUAUGGUGGAAUGUGGUGGUUCACAGAUUUAACUGUACCUGAUCAAUUCUUUAUAUUGCCACUUAUUACAAGUGCAACAAUGUGGGCAACUAUUGAACUAGGUGUUGAUGGUGGGCGACUAGAUGCACAGAAUAUGCAGCUCAUGAGAUAUGUUCUGAGAGCAAUUCCAGUUGUUAUGAUACCCUUUACGAUAAACUUCCCUGGAGCUAUCUUAGUAUAUUGGGUCUCCACAAAUUUCAUUUCUCUCGGCCAAGUGGCAUUUCUUAAAAUACCUGCUGUAAGGCAGUACUUUAGGAUUCCUGCAUUGAUUACACAUAAGGCAGAGAAUUUACCGAUUAAGAAAAAAGGAUUUGUUGAAGGUGCGAAAGAGUCAUGGACCAAUAUGAAAAUUUCAAGAAACCUUGCGGAUAGGCAAAGAGUUGAUGAAUUGAUCUUCACUAGAGCAGGAAAGGGUGCCGUACAGAAAACCUUCAAAUACGAUCCAACAAAAGUAGCAAAAAUACAAGCAAAACCAAAAUAGAUUUAGCUUAAUUGUUAUAGAUUUAGCCUGUAGAUUAUGUAUUAAAUGUGUUGUAAAUAAUUA